AAAAAUAGAAAUGAGUUUAUUAUUUUUGUCGGCUAGACAGUAGCGAAUUCAAUGAAUAAUAAGACGCUACAUUUUCAGUAUUUUUUUGUGGAAGUAGUCUAUCUCUAUCUCAUUUUCAAUGCGUGUUCUCGUUCAAAAUGCAGACGUGCGACUCCUGUUCGUUUGCUUUGUGUUGUUGUGCCACACGCACUGAAAGGCGAGGUUGCUGCGGGAGCACAACGUUUCUGGACGCAAAGACGUUACGAGGCAGGCCGGAAGACGCUAUUGGUUUCGACAGCUGCUACACGACCGACGCCUCUGGCAAAUCGAAUCGUGUAGUCGUGUCUUCACAGCGUCAACAGAAGAACUCCAGAGGGAUUUUCUUUUUACUAUCUCCAGCAGGGACGAUCUCGUCUCCGUUCCAUAAGUUGUACAAGUACAUGAUGACUUACAUCUUCGUGACGACAGCACUAUUCCAUGUAGUGAACUGCGCACAAGGACGCCGUUUGGGGCGAAAAGUGCACGUGCAUCCGCACGCUAAGGCUAAUGUCGAUGGCCAGCCCUCCUCUAGUUCGACGCUGCUCGGACGAUUGAACGGAGGACAGCAAGGGCAGCCAGAAAAAGGGAACCAACAGGCCUUCCGCAGUGCUCAAUCGCCUUCGCCUAGCCCAUCGGGGCUGUUCGGAAGUGUUGAAGCUGAAGAAAACGAUAUUACGGAGCGCGACGAUGAACAAAUGUCAGAGGGGAACAGAAUGGAGGAAGUCGAUCUCGGCCAAUGA